CUCAUUUGUGCUUAUCUUCCCUUUCGGUCCUGUGACAUGUUAUUUUCUUUUAAAGCAGCAGUUUGAAAUUGAGCACAGUAAGACCUUUUGUGUUGAUAGAAUUCACAAGAACUCUAUCUGCAUUGAGUGCAGCCCUCCAUUUCUUAUAUCGCUGUUUUGACAGUUCCGCAGUUGACAUCAGUUAAGGAACUCAAUUCAGCAGAAGUCACCCGAUUCUGUCGAGUCACACUCCGAGCGUUGAAGGUUUUCUUUCCAACAGGAGAAUAUCUUGAGGAGCGAUGGAGCCUGAGAUCUUUGAGUGGCAAAAAGAGGAGGAGACUCUGGAUAUUGAGUCUUUCCAGGGGGAGAAGAGGAAGCUGAUUCAGCCAACGUCUUUAAAAGACCCGAAACUUGAAAAGCUAAAGGAGGCACUUGUUGAAUGGAUCAAUAGGACUUUGAAAACAGAGCACAUAGUGGUUCAGAGUUUGGAGGAGGAUCUGUACGAUGGAUUGGUGCUUCAUCACCUGCUGUCCAGGUUGGCCGGGGUGCACUUGUCUGUGGAGGAGAUUGCUCUGACCGCCACCGCUCAGAUCCACAAGCUGGAAGUGGUCCUGGAUGAGCUGGACAAGAGGCUGGGCCUGCAGGACAGCAGCCGGAUCAAGUGGAACGUCAAGCUCAUCCACAACAAAGACCUUCUGGCCACUAUUCAUCUGCUGGUUGCCAUGGUGAGAUGUUUCCAGCCUGAACUGGAUUUGCCGCCGAACGUGGAGAUUGAAGUUGUUGUUGUGGAAGUCAACAAAAAUGGUAUUAAAUCAGAAACACAGGUAGAGGUCUUAACGGAGAGAAGUGAUGCAGCCUCAGACUCCCUCAGCGAUACUGAAAGGGAAGAUCCCAUCGAACAAUUGCUGAAGCUGGAGGCUCACAAGGUCAACACAGUAAAGAAGGCCAUUUUACACUUCGUCAACCAGACUAUGUCAACCAUGGGUCUGCAGGUUGCUGAUAUGGACACACAGUUUGCUGAUGGUGUGAUUUUGCUGCUGCUGAUUGGACAGUUGGAGGGUUUCUUCAUUCCGCUUUAUGACUUCAACCUGACCCCAGUCAAUCCGUCUGAGAUGCUCCAGAACGUGACCUUGGCCUUGGAUCUCCUUAAUGACACAGGCUUGCAGUUGUCCAGUGUUGUCCCACAAGAUAUUGUCUCUCAGGACGUCGCCGCUACCUUGAAGGUCCUGUACGCCUUGUUCAAGAAGCACAAAGGAAAGUGACAGAGGGCGGAGUCAACACAAAGGAGCUCAGCCACUGGGAAUA